AUGGCUUGGGGUAAGAACCGCCGUGCUUCCUCUGGAAACAGCAGCUCCCGUCCGUCAUCUUCUGCAGGUCGAGGUGGUCGUCGUCCACCUGGAGAACCCACAGAGCAGGACAUCGCACGCAAUAUUCAGCGCAGCGCAGUGCGCGUGCGUGUACUACUCACCCUGAGCGAUGUACAGGACGAAUCGGAGCUGCUACGUGACCUUUUGACGGCGUUCGAGCAAAACCUCGAAGCGCAGCGGGGCAACGGAGUCACGCAGCGUCAUCGCGUUCGUGUUGAGCUGCUGGAAUGUGGCCUGAACUCGUGGCAGAACCUGGUGGAGCUGCAGCGUGUGCUUGCGGGGUUGAAGAGACCAAUAGAGUAUGGAGAAGAGCAGCAGCUAAUGGCUAAGACGACGCUGCGUCAUGACUCUAAGUACGACGAGUGGACGCUGAGUUUGGGCUUCACCAGAGCGUCCGAGGACGCGCUAUGGAGAUUUGCGAGUAACCUGAUGUUGAGACUCAAGAGCUGUGGAGUGCCGUCCAAGGUGCUACUGUCGACGCACAGAUUGGUGGUGCGUUUAGCGUCAGCGUUCGUUGAGUGGGGGAACUUGGAGAUUGGUAAAUACCAGUGGGAAGGGAAGCAGGCGUGGAGCCAGCUUGUUGUUGAAGUGCCGGGAGAGGAGAGAGAAGAGAUUCAACGGGUCUUUUUACCUCCAAUAAGUGAUGUGGCUCGGGAUCCUUUGACUGAGCUGCGGUAUCCUGAACUGGUGCCCGUUGUUGAUGAUAUGCUGAGUAGCAAGGAUACCGGAAAGCCUGUUGUCGUUAUUCUGCGUGGAAUUCCGGGAAGUGGGAAGAGUACGCUUGGACGUGAGAUUGAAGCAAUUUGUCAUCAUCGAGGAGUAGCACUCACGGCGUGCUCUGCUGAUUUUUUCUUCGAAACUCCGCGAGGGUAUGUGUUUGACGUCAGGAAGUUGGGUGCGGCCCACAGCAAGUGUAAAGGAGACUUUACUAGAGCUGUUCACGGAGGAAUCCCGCGAAAUAUAAGCGAUCGCAGCUAUCACCAACACGUUGUUUUGGUCGAUAACACCAGCACCCAGAGAUGGGAAUACGAACCGUAUGAGGAUAUCGCCAAGUCGCAUGGGAGUCGUGUUCAUAUAGUUGAGAUGAAGUGUGCAGACGCCUUGAUGGCGUUUCGAAUGGGCCAGCGCAAUUCUCACGGUGUACCUCCUGAUAAAGUCGUCAGUAUGUUCAUGCGGUGGGAGGAUGACGCACGCGCUCACUGCUUCACUCCGCAGUUUGAGCACGCGAGACUCACGGCAAACCCAUUGUCGGAUGGAGAUGUGGGCGGGUUGACGUACCUUGGUCUCUUCUUGAACGAUGAUACCCAGCAGAAGAUGCUGUCGCAGAUUCCUCUAGUCCACCCAAACAGACUUGCCGACCACGUCACGCUGUUUUACCGACCGAACAAGCAGUACACCAGAAAUGCCGAGCUUGGUGCUCCGUUCACAGUUCGUGCAAUUGAAGUCGUGCAAGAUGAUCAAGCUCAAACGCUUCGUGUGGAGCUAGAUGAGCGAUUACCCUUGCAGGUGAGAAACAAGAUACCACACAUCACGAUGUCGACGAAAGAUGGAGUAAGUGCGUCGUACUCAAACGAUCUCCUGGAGAGCAAGUCAGCUAAGCGAACGAUGCUUAACCCGCCUAUCGAGUUCACCAUGCGUCUUGGAGCCGCACUCGUUAUUCAAAACCAGCGAGUGAUCACAACGUCGUCGCCGUUUGCUGUAGACACGAGCUGCUGCUCCAAGAAAGAGAUGAGCACUCCCAAUACCAACGGUGACAAGGAGGACAAAGUUGCUUCAGCAACGUCGAGAUUGUUUGUUCUGUACGUGAACGAGGGCGAUAUGUUGCAGGACAGUGAAGAUGAUACAACCAAGCUUUUAUGGAGAGUUCAGAUCAUGCACCACAUGGGCUCUAGCUGCAAAGUACGCGGGCUGCUUUGCGUUCAACGAUACGAAGAAUCGUCUUCAGCGUCAGUUGCGACGACACUGAGCAGCAUUCAAGACCACUUCCUAUUCUCCUCGACGCUUUACUUUGACGACGUGAUUAUGCUUCCACAGCAUCCUUCAUUUCCAGGAUUUGAGAAAGCAAUCAGUUCGUAUGUGGCUGCUGCUGGCGUUGGUCUGGUUAACCACCUCACGCUGAUGACUUCGGUGGAGGAAUCCAUUCAGUGGCCGAUCUGCGAGAUGGAGUCUCUUCAUGAGGCUUCGCUGAAUGUUGUUCGUUUUGGCCACGCAACGCAGAGUAUCUCAGCGCUGCCGCCAACGUGUCCGACGAUCCUUUCUGCACUAGAUUUACUCGGCAGCAAUAUCCAGGAAGAAGUACGAAGUGCGAUUUUGGGUGGCGUUAACGCUGUUAACGAUGCUUGGGUUUGCGUUCUCGGGGCCGAGGAUCGGCAAGCAGUGCAACGGAUCGACACAACAAUCCCGGGACUGAGCUCAAGUGUUGUCGAGCUGUAUUUAAUGUUGCCAAGUGGUACUGCAGCAAGCGAGGUAGAAGUGCUCAAGACGAAACUGUUGACUGUGCUCGAAGCUACUCCAAAUGUCCAUCGCAUGCUCCGAUCUUGCACCUCCGACCAAUUCUACUUCAAUAUGUGUAGUUUGUCAAGCUACACACCCCACUUUUGCGUGCAAAUGGCAAGGCAGCAAGAGGAAUCUGACAAUCCUGUCACAAACACUGCUGCACAGCUGAAGUUCUGUGAGCACCAACUAAAAAUGAGCCAUGAGGCUUGUGAUGUUGAAGCGUACAGCGUGUUGGUUGCACUCCUACGCGCCAUCCUCUUGGGACGUUGUAGCAACGAUCUGCCGACUAAGUGCCGUCUGUCUACGUUGAUCAACCUUGUCAGUGAACGGUUGGUGCUGCACUACGUUAGCAGCAUUGAUGAUGUUAACCCAACCGCGGACGAUGUCACGUCUGGCCGCAUUAUUACCACGCUAUACAGCAUGCUGACUUACUUGUCCAAGCUGGAUCCGGCAGAGUGGGCUGCUACAUUCGGAGACUCGAUUCUUGCGCUACAAGGCAGCGAAAAGGCUCGGGCAGCGUGGAGGGAAGCGAUGGAUACUCUGAUGCAAAGUUGCGCUGCCGUGAUGACCUCCCAUUGCUGCGUAAGCGACGACUCGAAGAGUGCAACCCAGUUGAACCCAAACGACCAUCUUCGAGUCGUUGUUGCACUCAUGAAGACCGACAACAUGCGAGUCCAUGAGAUUCGUACGCGCACUUACAUAGAGAUGUCUAGCCGAUCUGCAUGGAGUCCAUUGCAUUCGCUAGCGUGCUGUGACAAGCUGAGGAGCGUGGCUGCGAUGGUGGUGCCUCAAGACGACGACGAGCACAAUGGCGACAGUGAAUUUUUCUCCUGUGCGCCAAGUCUAGUAGCUCGCCGUGUGGACGUGGCGACGUCGUCGCUUGAUCUGCUGCGCAAUGUCCUAGAGAAGCUCCACGCGCUUGAAGCUACAGAGUGGCGCGAUUCUGAGGGUGCGCUUUCCGGUGACUACGUGAUUCGCCGAGCAGAGACUGACGAAGAGGUUCUUAUCGACUUGAAGCGGUCAAGCUGA